AUGACUAACUUCAAGUCACUCUUUAAUGUCACAGAAUUUGAAAUCGAUUCUGGGAGUGUGCCCCUUUUUCUCAAAGAGGAACUGGGUCUUGAAUUAUUGAAGGUCGGUGAGCAGGGGAAUGAUGACAGGUUAUGGUGGGCGCUAGCAUUUAUCAAUGCCUAUCGUUAUAAUCCUAAUAAUACUGAGUACUUGAAGGUUGCCGAAGCUGUUUAUCAAGAUAUUAAGGACAAAUAUUGGGACCCUACUUCCUGUAGUGGAGGGGUAUGGUGGGAUCUGGCAAGAAGUUAUAAAAAUGCUAUAACCAAUGAGUUGUUUCUGACCGUUGCAAUUGAUCUUUAUCAGGUAAAGAAAGAACAAGAUUAUCUUGAUGAAGCAAAGAAAGCAGCUGACUGGUUUAUUGAUAGCCAAAUGGUAAAUGCUAGCUCAUUAAUUAAUGAUGGUCUUAAAAUCAACAAUUCAAGUGGGAAUUGUUCAAGGACUGGACCAGCGUGGACCUAUAACCAAGGCGUCUUUCUUGAUGGACUGGCAAAACUCAGUUACGAACUAUCGAAUCAAACUUAUUACUUGCAAGCCAUGAAAACUUUUAAUGCUGUGAUUGAUCCUAAAAAUCAUUUGGUGUCAAAAGAUGGAAUCCUAACUGAGUUCAUUCCAGAAGGAGGCCAUGUCAAUGAAAACACACCUGCUUUUAAAGGUGCCUUUGUACGUCACCUUGGUUACAUGCUUCCAUUCAGUACUGAUCAAGAUGCUGUCAUUAUAUGUCAAUUUGUAAAAAGGAAUGCUCAGAUGGCCUUGAUUCAAAAAUGUCAGUACAAAGCUGGCCCCAUGAUUCCUUAUCUCUGGGAUAGUGACUGCACUGCUGAAGGAAACUUAGUAUCUUCGACUACUUCAUUUACUGGAAUAGACCUUUUAAAUACAGCUCAAAUUUGCCAGAACCGAUUGACUUUAAAACAAGCUUCUUAG